ACAUCGGUUCUGUCAGUUUCAAACUUUUAAAUUGAAGUUGUUUUAACGGUAACGCAUUCGAAUGUAAAGAAGUUUAAAGUUUUUCUUUAAAAAUGGAGAAGACUUACGUGAAUUUUUUUCGCGGUGAUAACUAUUUUUCAUCUACCGAAAACUUCCGUGUAAAAGAGGAACCGGUGUCACCAAAACAAGAUGAUUUUUAUUUUAUGGAAGAUUUUGAUUUUGCGUCCUAUGCUGGUAUGAAGAAAUCGUUGUCAAUGAAUGACAUCACUGCUCUUAAAGAUGAAUUGACGAAACCAGAUGCACAAUGCAUGAAAGAAGAACCUAGAUAUCGCAGACCUACUGGCAGCAGUAACCACGAUUUAUCAAGAGCAAAGUUUGUGUCCUUAGCGGAAUCCGUUUAUCAUUAUCAGAGAGAUACACCAGGUCGGUUCCAUUCAACGCGACCCCAGAUUUUCCGAUCGCAGUGUAAUGUAGGCCCGCUUAGUCUCACUGUAGCCCAAUCUCCAAUGCUACGUUGUAAAGCUAGAUCGCGACCAAUACACGUCAUAUCUCUGAAAGAAAAAGAAGAAAUGUUAAUAGAAGAAAUGAAAAAUUUCAAAAUUAAAGCUAAUCCUAUACCUAAGGCAAUCUUCAAUGGACCAAGUUUGCCAGAUGUUCCUAAGAAGUCUGCAACAAAACCGGAACCAUUUAAACUAACAGAAGUACAGAAGAAACCACUUCCACAGUCCCCGCUUGCUGUUCAGAAUUUUAAAGCGCGCCCUGCUCCUAAACAUAUCUUAGAAAAACCACAACUGGCACCAAAGUUACCUAUUGAAUGUAUGAAGCCAAGGUUGAACUGCAAACGAAGUGAAUUGGCUGAAUGUUUAAAGUGUGAUAAAAACAUCAAUAAGGUUGUAAAGGAAUCUGAAAAUAAACAAACAUGUAAAAGCGUUCCUCGAGAUGGACCUUUACGACUUGAGCCAUUCUCAUUCGAAAAAAGGGAUGAAGAAAUUAAAAAACGUAAGGAUGAGAGGAUAAGACAACAAUUAGAAGAAGAGAAAAGAUUAGCUUCUCUCUUUAAAGCACAACCAUUGCCUGCGGUAGUUAAGAAACAAAUGCAACAAGCAACUAGCAAAUCCAGCGAAUCCAAUGCUUCAUCUGAAAACAAAGAAAACUGUACCAGGUUUGAAGCUCGGCCACCAGAUGUGUUAUAUAAAAAACCAUUUAAACCUGUUCUCCAAUCAAUUCAGGUGGUAAUACCGGAGCCAUUUGAAUUAAUAACAGAAAAGAGAGCUGUGGAGAGGGAGAAAUUUGAGCAAAUGUUGAGAGAAAAGGAAGAAGAGAGGGAGAAGAUAAGACUGCAAAUGGAAGAAGAACAAAGAGAGGCGGAGGAAAGAGCUCAAGCCGAGCUUAGAGCUAGACUUAUACAUCAUGCUAAGCCUGUGCCAAAGGCAACUCCAUUUAUUAUACAGAAGUGUACUGAUGCAAUAACAGUACCAAUAACACCUAAACUCAUGAAGAGAAAACAAAGAAAAUAAUUUCUUUUAUCCAGGUGAUGAAUUUGUGAAAAUAUUUGACUGACAACUCUGCCAUUGAUGUACUUGACAUAUCACCUGUCCAUAUUAACUAUGUGACCAAGAUAUGAGAACUUUUGAUAUAAAAAAAUUAUAAUUGUGACAUUUUAGUUUUAAUUAUAACCUAUGUUAUUUUAGAAUUAACUAUCAAUAAUUGUGUAUUUACUCUACAAGAUUUAUAAUACUUUUAACUUAAACUUAAUUUUGACGUUAGUGCUUUGAUGAUUAUUAUUUAGGUUUUAUGUAUAAAAAAAAAUAAAAUUUAUAAAC